AUGAAAGUGAAAACUCCAACAAGAUUAUUUGCACGUCCUGGGGAAAAGUCACCAGUAGUGAAGCCACAAGAAGUAAAACGUCGUACUAUCAAAAUGGCUUACAUCCCAUUGAGUUCUGUCCAUAUUGAUAUUUCAAAUUCAACAGUAAAAGACUUUACACUCUUAGAACGUUUUAGUAAACUUGCAAGCAUUGAUGCUAGAAAUACAUUAAUUCAAAAUGUUCAAUCAGCGCCUCUUCAUCCUAACCUCGAAUAUAUUUCUUUAGAUGAUUCACCAAUUACAAAACUUCCUUAUUACAGAUUAAUGCUUUUAUGCACUAUUGGAACAAAUAUUAAAAGUAUUGAUGCCGAAUCUGUUUCAAAUGAAGAGAGAAAACAAGGAGAAAAAUAUUUACCUUUGAUACAAAAGUAUUUAUACGAUGGCUAUACAAUUAAAUCAUUAGAUCCACUAGUUCUCACCAGAGGUGAAACAGAAAUAGAAAUCGAUCCAGAAAAUGGCGAAAAGUCAGAUAUUUCAACAAUUAAAGUUGAACAAACAACAGCAAUUAUUACUGAAUUUGCUAAGCAAGUUAAUGAAGUCAAGUCCGAGAUGGGAUUGGACAAUAAAACAGUUGUUGUUGACGAAAUCAUGACAUCUCCGAAGAAAAUUGAUUAUGCACCUUAUCUUUCUCCAUCCAAAUUCAAUCAACCAGAAGUUCCCCAAGAGAUGAGCCCAUUUGAAAAGGCUUUUACAAGACAUCUUUCUCCAAAAGAUUAUCUUAAGGCAAAUGAUCUCUACAACUCUCCACAGAAGCGUCGCGAGACUCACAUGGAAAUUACUACGAUGAUGGAAAGCCGUUUGGCCGAAAACAGCGAUCUUGAUUUAUUAUCUACACCAAAACAAGGACAAAACUACGAUGAGGCAUCAGAACUCGACACUACAGAAAUAACACCAGCAGUUGCAGAGGCAGCAGAGCUCAUUGACACUAAUAAAUCUGUUGCCGAAAUUUUUAAAGCGGCAUCUUUCCUCGCCAGCCCACAGAAAGCCAUCGAAGCAGCCAGAAAGAGCACCAAAGCUAAGUCCAAGAUCCCACUCCGCGUUACAAGUCCAGUCAAGUCAAAUUACGAAGAAUUCCACAUGAUUGCACCACUUUCUCCAGUUCUGAAGUCGAUUGUGAUGGAGGAAGAAGGUGUCGACAUCGAAGAGAAGGAAAGACAGUUCCGCCGUGAACUUCACUUCUUCCCUUCACCAAAGAAACCAAAGAAUGACGAUCCAAUUCUUCGUGACGACCUCUCAGACUUAGAAGAGAAACAGAACGAAGAAGAAGAGGAAAAGAAUGAAGAAAAGAAAGAAGAAACAGUUGAAAAAUCUCCAGAGGAAGAAGAGGAGAAGAAAGAAGAAGAAACAAUUGAGAAUCAAGCUAAAAAUGAAGAAAAGAAAGAAGAAACAGUAGAAAGUGAUGAAAAGAAUCAAGAGAUUCUUGAGAAUUCUGCAGAAGAAGAGGAAGAAAAGAAAGAAGAAACAGUUGAGAAACAAAUUGAAAAUGAUAAAGAUGAGGAAAAGAAAGAAGAAGUAGGUGAAAAACAUGCAGAAGAAGAGGAAAUCAAAGAAAAGGUUGAAGAAAUUAAAGAAGAAAAUAAUAAAGCUGAGGAAAAGAAAGAAGAAACAGAUGAGAAACAAAAUGAAGAAGAAGUUAAAGAAGAUAUGACCGAGAAGUCUACAGAAGAAGAGGAAGAAAUUAAAGAAGAGCAAGUAGAUAAGAAAGAAGAAACAGUAGAAAAUGAGGAAAAGAAAGAAGAGGAAGUAGUGAAGAAACAAGCUGAAAAUGAGGAAGUUAAAGAUAAUGAAAAGAAUGAGGAAGAAGUAGAGAAGUCUGCAGAAGAAGAAAAGAAAGAAGAAGAAACAGUUGAGAAACAAACAGAAAAUGAAGAAGAAGUUAAAAAUGAGGAAAAGAAAGAAGAACCAGUAGAGAAUCCUGAAGAAGAAGAGGAGAAGAAGGAAGAAAAACCAACUGAAAAUGAAGAAAAGAAAGAAGAUAUUAAAGAGGAAGAACAUCAAGAAAUUACUGGAGAAAAACCAGUCGAAGAAGAAAAGAAAGAAGAAACCAUAGAGGAAAAACCAGUCGAAGAAGAAAAGACUACUGAUACAGCAGUAGUUCCUACAGAAGAAAAGGAAGAAGAUGCUCAAACUACAGAAACAUCUGCAGAAAAAUCAAAUGAAGAUGCAGAGGAAGGAACAACAGCUCCAAAACAAGAAGAGGAAUUGAAAGAACAAGUUGAAGCUGAAGAAGAAACUCCAAAACAAGAAGAAACAAUUGAAGCAACAGAAGAAGAAAAGAAAGAAGUUUUAGAAGAAGAAAAACCAAAAGAAGAAGAAAUAAAAGAAGAAACAAUUGCGGAGACACCUAAAGAAGAAAAUCAAGAAACAGAAAACGCUCCACAAGAAGAAGAAAUAAAGUCAGAAGCUGACGAAUGA